CUGGAGCUGCUCUGACGAGCGUGGAGAGCAUGAGGCUUGGGGGGAGAUUGCUCGGGGCAGUGUGUGUUGGGUGUGUGGGGAGUGAGGCCUGGAGGUACCCUGCUGAGGGAGAGGGGGCUGCUGGGCCUGGAGGUGAGGUUCAGUCUGGAGAAGAGGAGGCUCAGGGGUGACCUUACGGCUCCUUCCAACUCCUGAAAGAAGACUGUGGUGAAGAGGGGUCAGCAUCUGCUCCCAGUCGACAGCAAUAGGACAAAGAGGAGUGCUGCAAUCAGGAUGGCUACAGCAGGACUCUACAAAAUGGCUGACGGGAGCAAUUAUGCAGCUAACCGCUUUCCUGCCAGGAAUAUUUUGUGCAACAGAAGAGAGGCUGGGCGCUGUCUGCUGGCGCCCAUAGCCACCCCACAGCCCUGGGCUGAGCAAGGAACCACCAAGGAGACACCAGAGGAGAGGAGGAAGCCUCCAAGUGCUGUCUCUGCACAAGAAAAUAAUGAAGACCAUAUCCUGGAUGAGCCAUUUCUGAUGAAACACCACUGUUUGAAGAACCCUUCUGACCUGUGCUCUGUGAACAUAAGCGGCCAAAAUCUGGUCUCUGCUAAAGAAGAUGAUUUUGAGAAAUUUGAUUGUGUUGCUUUUAUAAACGCUGCUGAGAACCUGCUGACUUUAGAGCCAUUUCGGAAGUUUCCAGGGCUGCGGGAACUGGAACUUUCAUUGAACCGACUCCGAAACCUGAAAAUCACUGCUGGAGAGUUCAAGCAUUUGGAAGAUCUGGAUCUCUCCUACAAUAACUUAUCCCCUGAAGACAUUUGGAUGUUGGGAGAUCUGUCCCAGCUCAAGGUCCUUCGCUUGACAGCCAACAGGCUUCGGUCUCUGCCUGCAGACCUGGCGGGCUCCUGGGGCUCUGCUCAUUUGAGAUUUCAGUCUCUAGAGGUCUUGCUGCUGGAUGACAACCAUCUGUCAGACCCGGGUGUCUUUGUGAGCCUGUCUCAUCUCCGCAGCCUGAGGGAACUGAAUCUGGACAGAAACAGGAUUUCAGCAGUCCCCUACCUGCACCAAGCAGAGAGCAUGCAGUUCUCCCUCCACCCUACGCUGGAUGAUGGCAGCUUCAGGGCAGAGUGGUACCAGUGUCUGAGCAGCCUCUGGCAGCAGCCCCGGCCAUCGCAGCAUGAGGGCAUGGAGGUGCCAGCAGAGCUGGAAAUGAAGAAAGGUCAGCUUGAAGACAUCGUGUUACAGAACAACGGGGCUCCAGACAGGACUGAGGUCGUGUUUAAUUCUGACUCUCAGGGAUGCCUGAUGCCGGGUGCUCCCUGGGAGGGAGUCCCAUCUGCCUUGAAGACUCUGCCUGCUCUUUCCACGUGCAGAGACAUUUGUGCUCUCUUUCCUGUACUGGAACAUCUCAGCCUGGCCUUCAACAAGAUUAUGGAUGAGACAGCCCUCUUACCUGUGGCUUUCUUCCCACGUCUGAAGCAGCUGACAUUCCACAACAACCCUCUUACCACCACCCGCAGUGGGCACCCACCUCUGCUGACCCGGCUCCUCCAGCAGAAGUUGGGGAUUCAACUUGUUCACCACAAGAGCCCAGCUGUGAGGAGGUGGCACUUCUCCAUCCCUCUCAAAGCCAGCCGCAAGGUCUCAUCUCAUCUUCCCAAAGUCGAGAAGCAGCCACUGAUGCUGGAAGCUCCUGCUGAAGCCUUCAUCUGGAAACCACUCCCAGGCAUGGCAGAGGAUCCAGGAAGAGCUGCACCUCUGAUCUCAUCCCAGCCACUGCCUCCCAUCAGCUUCACGCCAGCAGUCGGGCAUGGGGAACGUGAUCCCAGCACAGCCCAGGAGGAUGUUGAAGCCUUCUUCAUGACACAGGUGGAGGAUGACUCCAAGCCUUUGCUGCAACCCAUGGCAGAGGACAGGCUGGAAAAGAGGAGCAAGCAGAGGGAGGAAGGCAGCUCCUGGGCUGUUCCAGAGCGGUACAAGGGCUAUGAGGAGCUGCUCGGUGGAGACACUGACCCAGAUUUUAUUGAGCCAGUUGGGAUACAGAAGAAUGUGCAGGCACUCUACUAUGUCCUGAAGCACCCCCUGGUGUACCGGGAUGCUAAGCCACGACUGGACAGCAUGCAGAAGCCCUAUGUGCCUCAGAAAAAGCGUUGCAGGAUGCCUGACCCUCCUGCUAGGAAGACGAAAGCAGAAGUCCUGGAAAGAAUCCUGGUGGCCAUGAGAAACAGCUCAACUGUCACAAGUGUCCCCUUGGCGUCUGCUUUGCAGAAGAGAAAAUCCAGCCCCAAGACAUACCGGGAGGCAUUGAGGCUGAUGGAGGAGCUCCAGGAGGUGUUUGAGACCAGCAAGGAGCUGGCCCCGGGCACGACCAGGCUUUGGGAUGAGGUACCAGUGGUCAAAGCACUUCUUGCAGCUUCCAAGCAGAAGAGAUCAAAACAGCUGCUGCUGCCAGGGAAGAAAGCGUCCAAGAAGGUGCCCAAAGUGACAUCCACAGCAGGGGCAGGGGUUGGAUAAAGCACCUCACACCUUUGUCCUCUCAGAUAAAAUGUUAUUAUUUGUGACUUGUCUGGAGCCAUUUUUCCUCUCCUGAGGUUGGAAAACCAAGUGCAGCGAAGAGGUUUGCGUGAGGCUUUCAGCCCAACAAAUUCCAGCUUGAAAGCACAAAACCAUCAUGAGAGUGGUGUGUUUGCUCAGUCAUGCUCUGCAACUACUGUAAACAAGGUGUGUGCUCUCUCCUCCUGCACAAAACAGUCCCUGGGCAUCGCAGGGUGCUUCAGGCAGCAGUGCACAGUGGGGGGGACAGCACAGCCCUGUCUGCAUCCACUUGCUCUUAGCAAGGUCACAGUGUUCCUGUCCUCACCCCACGGCUCUGCCUGCUGGACCUGAACGCUCUCAGGGAGCUGAGCCGAGCACAAAAAAGCAUAAAUAACCCAAACCCACCUAUUGAAAACAGAGUGACAGUGUAACCCAAGGAGAUGGGGAACGAGGGGAGCAGUGGAGGAAAAGCACACCUGCUCACACCUAUAUGAAGAAUGUCAUUAUACUCACCUUUGCUAUUGUUAUUAUUUGCAAAAUAU